AUGUCCCGCCGUUUCGACACUACUAUUCCUGAGAAUGUCGCGGUUCUGGGUGAUAAGCUCAAGUUCCCUAGCGGCAAAGUGGCUCAGAAUCGAUUCCUGAAAGCUGCAAUGACUGAACUGCUCUCCACUUAUGAGCCGAGCAACCCGAAGGCUCACGGAAUUCCGACUCAGAGCCUCGUGAACGUUUAUGAGAAGUGGGGAAACGGACAGUUCGGACUCAUUCUUACUGGAAAUUUGCUAGUUGACCCGGUAAGUCUUCAGGAUUUUCAGACUUUCGAGAGUAUGUGCACUUUCUAAUUUCAGAAUCACCUGGAAGCACCUGGAAAUGCAAUCAUCUUCCAAGAAGGAGACUCUGCAGCCCGCCGAGAAGCCUACAAGAAGCUGACAAGUGCUUCCAAGCAAGACGGAGCACUCGUUAUCGGUCAGCUCUCUCAUGGAGGAAGGCAGACGCCGAUCACAAUCAACAAGACACCUUUCUCUGCGUCUGACGUUAAACUGGAUCAGCAGGGACGCUUCGGUCAGCCUAUCCCAUUGACCGUUGAGCAGAUCAAGACAGAAGUGAUCGAUCGAUUUGUGUACGCUGCCAAGUUCGCCUACGAGACCGGAUUCGACGGAGUUCAACUGCAUGCAGCACACGGAUACCUGCUCUCCCAGUUCACUUCCCCGACCACCAACAAGAGGACCGAUCAGUACGGAGGAUCCGUCGAGAAUCGGCAGAGAAUAGUGCACGAAAUCUAUGAGGCUGUCAGAAAGGAGAUCCCGGCUUCCACAGGUUUUCUCGUGGGGUUAAAGACCAACUCGGUGGAGUUCCAAACGGAAGGAACCACUGUCGAUCAGGCAAUUCAAAUGUGCGAGACUUAUGAGAAAGCUGGCUUUGACUUUGUGGAGCUGUCCGGAGGGACUUAUGAGCAACUCGCUUUCCAACACAUUCGAGAGUCCACCAAGAAGAGAGAAGCUUUCUUUUUGGAAUUUGCCGAGAAGGUAAGUAACACAAUUUAUCAUCCAUUCCUAUGAGUUCUUAUUAAGAUCCGUCCAGUCUUCAAAAACACGGUCGUCUACUUGACCGGAGGUCUCCGCACCGUCAAUGCCAUGGUCAAUGCCGUCACUUCCGGUGCCACACAGGGAAUCGGACUCGGCCGUCCAGUCACUGCUGAGCCGGAUCUCCCGAAGAAGAUUCUCAAAGGCUCAGUGCCGUCCGCCGUUCACGACGCUCUCGAUCAGAACAACUUCUUCGUCACCUUUUUCGGUUCCAGUGCUCAGAUAGAACAGAUGAGCAGAAGUUCAUUGAAAGAAGCGAAGAACGACGUCGCCCACGGAAUCAGUGACUUCAGCGAUGAGGCGACUGUUCAACGGCUUGCCGGGGCAAUCGGAGAGUUCAUGGCGUUGAGCACAGAGAGGACCAAGCAGGGUAUUGUUGCUCCCGCCGUUCUGGUAUUCGAUUGA